AUGGCUUCGCAAUCUCCCCCAAUCGAGCGCGAGUUUUCGCGAGAUGAAAAGUCUACCAUGAUGCAUAAUGAGCAUCCUAGCAAUGGUCUCUCCCACGAUGACGCUGAGUUCUUGAGAUUGUUCCCCGAGGAGCGCAAGAAGGCCGUUAUUCGAAAAGUCGACUGGAGGUUGAUUCCCAUGCUGGUUCUCCUGUACCUCAUUGCCUAUCUCGAUAAGACCAACAUUGGAAACGCAAAGAUUGAGGGAAUGACGGAUGACCUGCACCUCAAGGGCAUUGAGUACAACAUCGUCACUGCCAUCUUCUUCAUCCCCUUUGUCCUCUGUGAAGUCCCCUCGAACAUGAUCCUUCACAGGUUCAAGCGCCCUUCAUGGUACAUGGGAGGCAUUGUCUUCUGCUGGGGAGUUAUCAUGACCCUGACGGCUUUUGUGCAAAACUACGCUGGUCUCUUGGCCAUUCGCUUUCUUCUUGGUAUCUUCGAAGCAGGUUUCCUCCCUGGUGCGAUCCUUAUCAUCUCCAACUGGUACCUUCCCAACGAGACCCAGACCCGAAUUGCUAUCCUCUACACAUCAGCUGCCACUGGAGGAGCUUUCUCUGGUCUUCUUGCUUUUGCCAUUGCAAAGAUGGACGGCAUGGCCGGCAUGGAAGGCUGGCGCUGGAUCUUCCUCAUUGAGGGACUCUUCACCGUUAUCGUUGCCAUCAUGUGUGUCUUCCUCCUGUGCGACUCGCCAGCUCUAUCAACACGUUGGCUCGACGCCGAUGAGAUCAAAUACCUCGAACUGCGCCAGCUCAGCCGUCGAUCAACAGUUCCCUCUGACUACAAGGAGAACGACCACUUCAACCUCAGGCUAUUCAAGGACAUCUUCUACGACUACAAGAUCUGGCUUCUCUUCUUUGCCAAUUGGUCGAAUGCUGUGCCCAACUACGCCAUGAAGUUCACCAUGCCUACUAUCCUCCGCGGAAUGGGAUAUACCUCUUCUGAUGCGCAGUUGAUGACAAUUCCGCCUUAUGCCAUUGGAGCUAUCUCAGCCUACGUGUUUGCUAUCUUCGCUGACAAGUACUCGUGGCGCGCACCUUUCAUCCUCGGACCUCAGUGUUGUCUGGUCAUCGCUUUCAUCAUUCUGUUUGUCAAGUCCAGUAACAUUGAGGAAAAUAUCGCUGUUUGCUACUUUGCCGUGUGUCUUGCAUGCUUUGGCAUGUAUCCCAUCCUCCCCGGUGUCAACGCCUGGAACGUCGCCAACACUCCCGAUCCCGCAAAGCGCUCCGUGAAUAUCGGAAUUCUCGUCUGUGUUGGAAACAUUGGUGGUCUAAUCGGCUCUUACAUCUACCUUGAGCGCGAGGCACCUCGUUACCCUGUUGGCUAUGGCACUUCUCUUGCCUUUGGCUUGGCUGGAAUAGUUGCGGUCGUGUUACUCGAGACUCUUCUGAAGCGUGGCAAUGCCAAGAAGGCCAAGAUGACUCCAGAGGAGAUCAGGCAGAAGUAUUCUGAGGAUGAUCUCAUUCGCAUGGGAGAGAAGAGCCCUCUGUUCAAGUACGCUCUAUAG